CUCUCUCUCUCUCUUAUUAUUCACUCAUCUAUCCUCCCUUUUCAUUUCAUAAAUCUCUCAAUUUCGAAGGGGGGAGAGAGAGAGAGAGAGAGAGAGAGAGAGAGAUCUCACUCCAUCCGUCGCCACGAUGAUCACUUCGAGCAAGCUCAAAUCCGUCGAUUUCUACAGGAAAAUACCUAGAGAUUUGACGGAGGCAUCAAUCUCGGGUGCGGGAUUGUCUAUUAUCGCAGCACUUGCGAUGAUGUUUUUGUUUGGAAUGGAGCUGAACAAUUACUUGACGGUGAACACGUCUACUUCCGUAGUUGUUGAUAGAAGUACAGAUGCAGAAUUCUUGCGUAUUGAUUUUAACAUUAGUUUUCCUGCACUGUCCUGUGAGUUUGCAUCAGUUGACGUGAGCGAUAUAUUGGGAACAAACAGGCUGAACAUAACAAAAACUGUCCGCAAGUUCUCCAUAGAUCCCAAUUUAAGACCAACUGGAUCUGAGUUUCAUUCUGGUCCAAUUCCCAUGGUCAAUAAUCAUGGUGAUGAGAUUGAAGAGGAACACACUGAUGAAUCUGUUUCACUUACUUCUAGCAACUUUGAGAAUUACUCACACAAGCAUGCUAUUUUGGUUGUCAAUUUUUUUGCACCCUGGUGUUAUUGGAGCAACCGCUUGAAACCAUCCUGGGAGAGGACAGCUAAGACAAUGAGAGAGAGAUAUGAUCCUGAAAUGGAUGGACGGAUUCUCCUGGGGAAGGUCGAUUGUACUCAAGAUAGUGAUUUGUGCCGGAGGCAUCAUAUCCAGGGUUAUCCUUCUAUUCGCAUUUUUCGCAAGGGCAAUGAUGUUAGGGACAACCAUGGGCACCAUGAGCAUGAAUCCUAUUAUGGUGAGCGUGAUACGGAAAGCUUAGUUGCGGCAAUGGAGACUUUGGUUGCAUCCAUUCCUGAAGAGACUCACACACUGGCAUUGGAGGAUAAAUCUAAUAAACCUGGUGAUGCAUCAAAACGCCCUGCACCAUUGACCAGUGGGUGCAGAAUUGAGGGUUUUGUGCGUGUUAAGAAGGUUCCAGGCAACCUUGUCGUAUCAGCUCAUUCAGGGGCACAUUCUUUUGAUGCAUCUCUAAUAAAUGUUUCACAUGUUAUCUCUCAUUUUUCGUUUGGAAAAAGACUUUCAUCGAAGGCUUGGACAGAACUAAAGCGGCUAACACCUUAUCUUGGUGCAAGCCAUGACCGUUUGACAGGUCGAUCAUACAUUAUCAAUCGUGAUGAGACUAAUGCUAAUGUUACGAUAGAGCAUUACCUUCAGGUUGUGAAAACCGAGUUGGUAUCACAAAAACGUUACCAAGAAUUUAAGCUCCUUGAGGACUAUGAAUAUACUGCCCAUAGCAGUUUAGUGCACAGCCUGGAUGUUCCUGUGGCCAAGUUUCAUUUUGAGCCUUCUCCCAUGCAGGUCUUAGUGUCUGAAGUUCCGAAGUCUUUUUCCCAUUUCAUCACAAAUGUCUGUGCUAUCAUUGGAGGAGUUUUCACGGUUGCCGGCAUAGUUGAUUCGAUACUACACAACACAAUGCGGCUUGUGAAGAAGGUUGAACUAGGAAAACAUAUUUGAGGGAAGAGAUCCGAGAGAAUUUUUGUUAUAGACAAGCUUCUAUGAAUUGACCGCAUACUAAUGUAAUUAGAAUUCAUUUUUUUUUGGGGGGGCAAUGGUAUUAUUAUAUGUUUAGUUUCAUUGAUAAGCAAGAGAAGCAUCUCAAAGCUUUUAUAAUAUUUGGCUAUAAUAUGUGGACGCUUUCUGACCUCUCUCUUUUCUCUUC